AUCUAUGGUAGUGUUUCAUCCACUUCAUCGUCUCGUUGGUUUCGUUGAUCGACCAACUUGUUUAUAAAUUGUUUUCUAAUUUAAUUUAAUAAAUUAAGUUUAUUUUCUAUGUAUAUACAACAUGGUUUCUUAUAAUAUUACAAAAAGUGUUUGUACCAUAGUUAGCUACAUAGGCGCCUACGAGUUGUGAUCGAAAAGCAAUAGAAGUGAUAUUUUCUCACAUAAUUAUGGUUAACUGACGUUAAGAGUUAAGACUGUGCAUCCUCAAUUAUGGCAGACCCAGGUUAUUACCACAGUGAUUAUAUUCGACACCCUGUCCUCUACGAGUUGGGCGUCAAGUAUGGAAUUAAGACGGAGUGUAUUCCAGAAAUAGCUUUGCCGUCUAAGUUGGAAGAACUCAAGGAUGUCAUACGUAGGGAGAUACGUAAAGAACUCAAAAUAAAGGAAGGCGCGGAAAAGUUACGCGAAGUCGCCACCGAUCGAAGAUCUCUGUCAGACGUCGCGAAUAUUGUGAAACAAGCUAAUCAGAAGCUUAACGUGCUCAAAUCUGACUUGCAAGAGUUGGAAUCGCAACUUCUAUUGUCACGCGGUCAGUCGAAUCCGACGUCGCCGGAAGACUUGUCUUACGAUGAAGAGAUCAUCCUGGCCUCGGAAGCGGCGCAGCAGCAGCGUCAGUUGGGCGAGGGCACGACUGACCGGAAGUUGGCGUCGUUGGAGAAACAGCUCAAUAUAGAGUUAAAGGUGAAACAAGGAGCCGAAAACAUGAUACAGAGCAUUAGCAGUAGCAACCAAUCUCGUGACAAAAAGCUCCUGGCAGAGGCACAUCAAAUGCUGGCAGACUCCAAGGACAAAAUUGAGUAUCUUAAGUUACGUAUUUCCAAGUUGAGCAAGCAACAAAAAGGUGACAGUGCAGGUGCAAACGGAGAUGGGAGAAGUACAGACAUUAGCGGAGUGGAGCCUCUGCUGGACGAGAGGAUUGCAGAGCUGAGAAACCGUUUACGUAUAGAGGCAGCUGUAGUGGAGGGUUCUAAAAAUGCCAUUAGACUUUUACAGAGUGACAAAAAGAUAACUGAUAAGAAAGCUCUUCAAGAAGCUCAAACAAGUUUGCUUGAGUCAACUCAAAAAUUAGACUUGCUUCGAAGAUCCUUAGACAUGCGCCGCCAAGAGCUUCCUGCUGAGAGUCCUGCGUAUAUAGAGUUGGGGCACGAGCUACGUAGCACGGGUUCCAGCCCUGGUUACGUCAGCUUGUCCGGAGCAAGUGGAACACGAAGUCAGUUCAUGUCCCCAGCUCCUAUGAUCAGUCCAUGUGUCCAAGUGACAGGAACACUGGAGGUUAGAUUGAUGGGUUGUCAAGACUUGUUAGAUGAUGUGCCUGGGCGUAGCCGCCGAGACCCACUGGCCAGUCCUUCAGAUUUAAAAUCCUUUGUCAAAGGUGUUACAAUUCGCAAUUCAAUAAAAUAUACCUACAGCAUUAAGGAGGACACGAGCAAUGAAAUCAUGGCAGUUAUGAAGUUGGACAACCACACUGUGGCUCAAACCAGUUGGAGACCUUGCUCUCAGCAGGCCUGGGAUCAAAGAUUCACUAUAAAGUUGGACAAAUCUAGAGAACUUGAAAUUGGCAUUCAUUGGAAGGAUUGGCGCGGGCUAUGUGCUGUAAAGUUUUUACGUUUGGAAGAAUUUAUCGAUGACAUCAGACAUGGCAUGGCACUGGAACUCGAGCCACAGGGACUUUUAUUUGCUGAAAUUAAAUUUUUAAAUCCGAUUAUAUCAAGGAAGCCUAAACUACAAAGGCAGAGAAAAAUCUUCAAACAGCAAGGCAAGAAUAUACCGAGACACGACAUGCGGAUCCCUGCUGUGGUGAUCGGCAGACUCUUGAAGGGGUCUUCACCCUCUAUACAGAACAUAACCCAUAUUCCAUCACACCAACAUGCUUUUGAACCCAGUAUUGAUAACAAAGAUAUUGAAAAUCCUCAUGCUACUCUUGUCGGAAUGGCUGCAGUGCGACCGCUGGGUCUGCCGACUACUCCCACUACUCCACAAACACCUGUUACUCCACCACCAAAACCAACAUUGCCUUUACACCCACCUCCAAAUGUAUCCACCCUCAGAAUGGAAAAAGAGUUACAAGAAGCGUUUGCUUUCUUGGAAGAUUCUUAUACCAGAGAUACAUACAGCUCAAAAGAACCACAGACUUCAUCAUGUAACACUCCCCUUGUUGAAUAUCCUCCAUCUCCAUCACCAAAAUUAGUUCUCGAAUUUCCAAGCAAUGAAGAUCAAAUAAUAGAUGUCACAAGUAAUAUGCGUAUUUCCUCCUCGCGUUCUUCAUCAGUCAUAGAAACAUUGGGCAAAGAGAUGGAUUCCAGAAGGCAAUCGGGUGACAUGUCCAUGAACAGCUUUAGAUUAUUGAGUGUUUUAGGAAGAGGCCAUUUUGGAAAAGUGAUAUUAGCCCAGUAUAAACCUACUAAUGAGUAUUUUGCGAUUAAAGCUUUAAAAAAAGGUGAUAUAAUUGCCAGAGAUGAAGUGGAUUCCUUGCUGUCCGAAAAGCGUAUUUUUGAGGUAGCUAAUGCAAUAAGACACCCAUUUUUAGUGAAUCUCUUUGCAUGUUUUCAAACUGACCAACAUGUAUGUUUUGUGAUGGAGUAUGCAGCUGGAGGUGAUCUAAUGAUGCAUAUUCAUGCAGACGUGUUCACGGAACCCAGGGCAGUUUUUUAUGCAGCUUGUGUAGUUUUAGGUUUACAGUAUUUACAUGAAAAUAAUAUAAUUUAUAGAGAUUUAAAACUAGAUAAUCUCCUUCUCGAUACUGAGGGAUAUGUAAAAAUUGCUGAUUUCGGUCUUUGCAAAGAAGGCAUGGCUUGGGGAGACCGUACUGGCACUUUUUGUGGCACUCCAGAGUUCCUCGCUCCAGAAGUGUUGACCGAGACUUCAUAUACUAGAGCUGUUGACUGGUGGGGUCUGGGAGUUCUGAUUUUCGAAAUGUUAGUGGGAGAGUCCCCAUUCCCAGGUGAAGAUGAAGGUGAAGUGUUUGACUCCAUUGUGAAUGAUGAAGUUCGCUAUCCUAGAACUUUAUCUUUGGAAUCUAUUGCCCUGAUGCGUCGUUUACUAAGAAAAAAUCCUGAACGACGUUUAGGCUCCUCAGAGAGAGAUGCAGAAGAUGUGAAAAAACAAGCAUUCUUCCGCAAUGUUGACUGGGAGCAACUACUACUUCGUAAAGUUAAGCCACCAUUUGUGCCAACAAUAAAUAACCUGGAAGAUGUUAGUAACUUUGACAGUGAAUUCACUUCAGAAGCAGCAGUAUUGACUCCACCUAAAGAGCCUCGUCCUCUCAGCAAUGCUGACCAUAAACUCUUUACAGACUUCACAUACAUGGCUGAUUGGUGCUAAGGAUGUAAUAAUUGAGUAUGUUAAUUAUAUUAAAAGUAGAAUAAUUCUUAAUAUUAAUAAUAAAACCCCAUUGCCUUACAUGUGUGAGUGAAAAAAUCUGUAUUUUGAUAUAUUAAUCUAAACUAUACAGAAGAGUAUCUAGAUACUCCAUGUUAACUUGUAUUUAAUGCAGUUGAAUGCAAUAUUUUAUAAUAAAUUGUGUAAUUUAAUAACAUAAGUUUUAAAUAGCACUAAUCUUUAUUUUUUUAAAAACAUUGUGUUACAGAUUUAUAUAUUAUGUAGUUAUGAAAUUAUUAACUUAGAAAUUAACUAUUUUAAGUAAAAGCGUGUCAAAUAAAUCAUUGUUUUCAGUCAAUUCUUUACUUAUCAGUGAAAUAAAGGUAUCAACAA